AUGUCUUCCGAACAACAACAACAAAAGCCUCUCAGCUGGUGGAAGCGCCACUGCACUCCUCCGCCAGCCCUCAACCGCACUCCUCAAUGCCCAUGCUCUGCCUGCUGGAACGGUAACGGUGAGCACUGGAAGACGACUGCCCCACAGACUGCGACUUCGACCAUGUCAACGGCUCCUCAACCCAAAGAAACCCGAACGGCCACUCUCCGAAGAGAAACGGAAACCGACUUGACGCCUCUCCGUCGCGAAGAGACCUCGUCAACGACAAAUCUUAGCGUCUACUCGCAAGAAAGCAGGGCCAGCUCCGUCUCGCUCACCAACAUUCACCGCUUCAGCUUUUAG